AUGGCAUUGAUUUUGUCCUUAUCUCUCACAUCUCUUUAUUCUCAAUCUCUGGUACGCUAUUUCUUCAUUCUUCUUCCAAUUCUAACUCUCUCUACUAUUUCCAUUCCCUCACUCACCAACGAUUGCGGUUUCUCCCAGGACACCAAGAAAAUCUCCAAUUCUUCUUCCUCUGCGGGCAGAAGCAACAGCAGGAUUGAAAGUUGUUCUUCUUCGCCAUCCUUCCAACGAAGAAAGAUGCUUCUCUCAUCCGUCGCCAUUGUCGCCGGAACCUUCUGCAGCACCUCAGUCCACGAAAUCGCUUUGGCAGCUGAAUUUGCCGAUAUGCCAGCGCUUAGAGGGAAAGAUUAUGGCAAGACAAAAAUGCGAUACCCAGACUAUACUGAAACUGAAUCAGGACUCCAAUAUAAGGACUUGCGACCUGGGAAUGGCCCGACACCCAAGAUGGGAGAGACAGUAGUGGUUGACUGGGAUGGCUACACCAUAGGUUAUUAUGGCCGCAUAUUUGAAGCACGGAAUAAAACCAAGGGUGGUUCCUUUGAGGGUGAUGACAAAGACUUCUUCAGGUUCAAAAUAGGUUAUAAUGAGGUGAUACCGGCUUUUGAAGAGGCUGUUUCAGGCAUGGCUCUUGGGGGCAUUAGAAGGAUAAUUGUGCCCCCGGAACUUGGAUAUCCUGAGAAUGAUUUCAGUAAGGGUGCCCCAAGACCAACAACGUUCUCGGGCCAACGAGCCUUGGAUUUUGUGUUGAGGAAUCAAGGGUUGAUAGACAAGACUCUCUUGUUUGAUAUUGAGCUGUUGAAGAUUAUUCCGAAUUGA